GGCAGCAGACACUAACGGGGACUGAACCCUUGCACCAGCACUCACAUUAUAUCCAAUCUCACAUGGGUAGCCAGAUAAGUGUAGAUAGUGGGAGGCAAUCUGCUGAGGAUCACAGUGGCUCUCAGCUACUUUAUAGGGAUAGACAAGAUAAUUAUCCUGUAAGGAAUGAUAAAGGGCAAUCGCAUGGGGCUAGCACAUGUACAGAUUGGUUCAAUAAUGUAAAAACUCCCUCAAGAGAUGAAACUGCGGAGGCUGCAGGUGCAGCCUUUGAGGAUUUGAGGUGGUCUGAGUCUGGUGCAUCUAACCCUGAAGAUGAUUUUGUUACCAUUGCACUUGAUCCCAUCCAGUUAUACCAUGGUCAGGCUGAAAGUGGAACUAUGAAAGUCAGAUUUUCUAUUCAGUCGACUGUUAGGAGGAGAAUUCGGGCUGAGCUAAACAGGGGAGGUGGCACCAUUGAAGAGGUGCAUGCUUCUGUUUCAGAACCAAGUAUUGAUCACAUCCACAUUGAAAGAAAUAAUUUUGAUGCUUCAGAGAAUGUUAACUUUAAACAAAAAACUACCAGACGGCACAGAAAAGUGUUAACCAACUUCAAACACUCACCAACCAGCUCUACACAUUUACAGAACAAAACUGGUAUAAAUUAUAGUGGUGGGGUGGGUGAGGCCAUGAUUGCCAGUUCUCCUAACCUGAUGAAGAGAUUGAGUGGUAAUUCAGACAAUGGUGCUGGUGAGGCUGGAGAAGGAAAUAAAGAACAGACCAGCAGCCAUUCACAAAAUGUCCAACAGGAUAAGACUGGGGCAAGUUCUGACAAUAAUUCUGGCUCAUUAUCAAACUAUGGAUCUAAACAAAAUGGAUCUCAGAAUACUGAAUCACCUCUAGACAAAAACAGUGAUUUGUUAUUUGCAGAUGACUACCCAGAAGAUGAUUUUAUACCAUCUUCACAGCAGCAACCACUAUCCACUCCCACUAGCUUUAAUACACAUGUUAAAAAAUGUAAGAAGUUAAGAAAAGGGCAGCUGAAACAUAAAAAGACAUUUGUCCCCCUCUCACCUGUUCUGGAGGAAAGGCAUCAUACACCUCAACAUUGUGAAGCACUUGGUGGUAUACUUGAGGAAACAGAUUUGAGUUUUGAUCAGUUAUUUAAUGAGGAUGUUCUCUUGUCUGAUGAUGGCAGAAGUUGUGACUUGAAUCUAAAUGACUUUAUGGGAGCUGCCCCUAUCGUAAAAGAAGAGGAAUUUAAUGAGUGUAUCUCCUCUAGUGACAUUUUAUUUGACUCUGAAAAAGCUGAAUUAUUAAAUACUAAGGUUUUUAAGCAAGGUAACCAGCUUGAUUCUGAUCAACUACAAAAACCAAUAGUUGAUCUACCUCCUGUAGUUCCAGCUGCUGAAUGUACAAACUCAAGAGAUUUGGUACCCCAGAAUUUUGAGCCUUCUCUAUGUAUUUCAAGUGAGCCUCAGACGAGCGAUCAUCUUUAUCUUAAAGAUAAUGAUCUUCUAAAAGAAAGGGAUGGGGAAAGUAAAACCUCCCAUACAACUUUGCAAACAGUAAAGCAAGACAUCAUGUUUGACAUAGAACAAGAAAAGUCAUUGAAUUUCCAACAUAUUCCUUUAUCAGUUUCUGAAAAUAGUUACAAGAAUUGCUUACACGAUGAAAUACAAAACAUACCUCACUUAACAAAAUGUCCUGACAAGAUGAACCCUCAGCUGGAAUUAAAAAUGUCAGCCCACAUCUUGAAGCCUUUCAAGGAAACUCUCAUUGAUGAUAUUGCAGCCAAGUCAACACCAUUCUUGAAAACUUGUAAGGAAACACUUAUAGAUGAUGUUGAUCCUGAGGUGGUAACAACACCAGGUUCUUUGCCAAAAAGAAUAGAAACUUUGAUUGAUGAUGUGCCUUACAUACCUCAUAAAGUCGGCUUACAACAUAAACACAUUUCCAUACUUGAUGAAGGUCCUUUACAAACAAGUUCACCAAAGUUAGGUAGACCUAAGUCAAGAGAAAGUCCUUUUAAAAGCUAUCACCAAAAACUUGGCAAAUCAGAAGAGACCUUGUUAGACAUAAUGCCAUUGGAGCAUCAGAACACAAAGAUUGUGGCCAAGUCUCAAGAAGAACUGGAAGAUUGCAAACAGUUGAUGAAAAUAACUUUAUCUCGGGCUUGUUCACUCGGCCCUCAUCACAGAAAGAAGGUUGAUAUUUCCAGUUCAUUAAAGCCUAACAUCAAGUCUAAAGAAACAAAUAUUGAUGAUGUUUUAGACCAGUACAAUUUGUUGAUCCAUGGUGAAUUAACUGGGGGGAAUAAUUUUUUUAUUCCACCUGUCAUAGUAGCUUAUCCAUUAACUUCAGCAACAACAGAGAGUGCUGACUUAUCAGAUUCAGAAAGACAGAGAAUUAACUUUUCUAGAAAUCCACCUCAAGCUACCAGGGGAACAAGACCUAGCAGUAAUCCUCCUUGGCCCUUUAAUCCCCCUCCAAGAGAAGCCAGACCUAGAUAUCAGAGUGAAGAUUUUAGUAAUAAAACAGCUUCUGGGGAAUCACAGCCUAAGAGGAGAUGGACACCUAAACCAAAACGUCAGAGACAAAGCCAGACUCAAGAUGAACAGGACAUACAAGUUCCGGACUCAAAGGUAGAUGACACUAGAGCAAGAGCUACUACAGACAGCCUUGAAAGAUCUAAAGAGAAAAAUGAAAACUAUGAUCAAGAUCAGGAUAAUGAUGACAGAUUACAUGAUAAAGCAGGCAGUCAAAGGCAACACAGAAGAAGAAAUCCAGAUGACAGGGAGGACUAUGAUAAGCGAGGAAAAGAUGACAAACAUAGGCGACGAGAUGAUAAAUAUAGGCAGCAAGAAGAUGAUGUUAACUACAGGCACAGAGAAGAUAAAAGAGAAAAGCACAGAGAUGAUAGAGAAAGACGCAGGGAAGAUGAUAGAGAUAGACACAGUGAAGAUUAUAGAGAUAGGUACAGAGAAGAUAGAGACAGGCACAGAGAUAAUAAAGCAAGGGAAACAGAGCAAAAAAGUUCAAACAAAAUAAAUAAUGAACCAUUAGAUUUUGCUCAAGAUAAAAAGGAACAAAGGGGCAAAGUCAUUGUCAAAAACAGAGGUGAAUCUGUCUUUUUACCAAAUUUUAGUGAUGAUGCAUCAUAUGCACAGGACAGAAAAAAUGAAACUGAAAUUGAGAGGGAUAUUAAACGCAGUCUGAGUAGUGACAGAAGCAGAAGAGUUGUAUAUCACAAUAGAAGAACAAGGAGUGAAGAGGAUGAAGAAGACAGAAGAAAUGCUGAUGACCCAAGGAGAAAAAGAAGAAGUGAUGGUGAUAAGUUGAGGGAUAGUGAGAGAAGACUAAGAGAGGAGAUAGAUACUACUCUUGAUGAAACAAAUGAGGAUUUACCUUUUCAUCGUUUAAGGCAGGAUGAAAGAAGAAGAAAAGGAAGAAGUGCACCAGAGAUGAAUCAAAGAGUCAGUGGUCGUGUAAAUAAAAGGGCAGACAGGGAUGAUGUGAAACGAGGACACAGAGAUGAGAGAAAUCCUGAAGCAGAUGACUCUAGGGUUAAUGAUAGUUUUCAUAGCUUUACUGAGAAAGGGCCCAAGUAUGAAAUUCUUGAGCAGUCACCACCGUCUGUUAGACGUGCAGUACCCAUUGAUACAAAUCAACACAGAUAUUCUCAAUCAGGGACCAGUCCAACCAAAGAUAGAUUACCAGAAGAAACCCGAGUAGAACCUUUGUCACCACAGGAGAAGCUGGCAUUUAUCCUUAAAUCAUCUGCUCCCCGUAAGAAAAGAAACACUGAAGAUUUGCCCCCUGUUCCUCCAAGAGAACCAGUGGACGAAUAUGGAGACACUUUAUUAGACAAGUCAAAAGGAAACAAACCUUCAUUGGAUAUUGAUGAGAAAAAGAGAGAAAUCAUUACAUCUGACCAGCAAUAUCCAGACAAAACCAAAAAAUUACCUCAAGAGUUAACAGUUGAAGAUGCUCCUAAGAAUUUAGAGAGUGUGGCCUCUCUUAAAAAGGGAAAAAGUAAAGUUUAUAAAGACAAUUUAGAAAGAGAGCUUGAAGAUCAGUAUAGUGUAGUUACAAAACCUUUAAAGGCUUAUGGAUCCAAAGAAAAGAAUAGAAUAGUAGAUCACCCUAUAAUUGAACCAGAAUCUGAUCAAAUAGCAAACCCUUUUAAAAUAGAAAAAAAACUUGAUGUCACAGAAAAAGAAAACUUUGAUUCAGACAAGAGAAAUGUUGAAAAAAACAAUAAUGGAGAUAAAAAAUCAGCUGAUCAGCCUAGAAAGGAGAAGGAAAGAACAUCACAUGAUAGAAAAAAAGAGAAAGAAAUUUCUAUGACUGAACCAGAAGAAUUUUGUGACAAACAUUCAGAAAGUUAUAUCAACUGUGAAAAAUCAAAGAAAUUAGACUAUAAACCUGUUGAGAAAACUGAAUUUAAAAAGCCAGAAAGACCUAAAACAUCAAAUGUUGAUGAUGUGGAGGUGAGGAAACUAGAUGAUGAAGAUAGAAAACCUGUUGAACAGCCUAGAAGAGAGAAAGAUAGAUCAUCAAGAGACAGAAAAAAGGAGACAGAAAUUUCUGUGACAGAACCUGAAGAAAUAAGUGAUAAACAUUCAGAAAGUUAUAUCGACCGUGAAAAAUCAAAGAAAUUAGACUAUAAACCUGUUGAGAAAACUGAAUUUAAAAAGCCAGAAAGACCUAAAACAUCAAAUGUUGAUGAUGUGGAGGUGAGAAAAGUAGAUGAUGAAGAUAGAAAAACUGUUGAACAGCCUAGAAGAGAGAAAGAUAGAUCAUCAAGAGACAGAAAAAAGGAGACAGAAAUUUCCAUGACAGAACCCGAAGAAAUAAGUCAUCGACAUUCAGAAAAUUAUAUCACUCUUGAAAAAUCAAAGAAAUUAGACUAUAAACCUGUUGAGAAAACUGAAUUUAAAAAGCCAGAAAGACCUAAAACAUCAAAUGUUGAUGAUGUGGAGGUGAGAAAAGUAGAUGAUGAAGAUAGAAAACCAUUUGAACAGCCUAGAAGAGAGAAAGAUAGAUCAUCAAGAGAAAGAAAAAAGGAGACAGAAAUUUCCGUGACAGAACCUGAAGAAAUAAGUGAUAAACAUUCAGAAAGUUAUAUCGACCGUGAAAAAUCAAAGAAAUUAGACUAUAAACCUGUUGAGAAAACUGAAUUUAAAAAGCCAGAAAGACCUAAAACAUCAAAUGUUGAUGAUGUGGAGGUGAGGAAACUAGAUGAAGAUAGAAAACCUGUUGAACAGCCUAGAAGAGAGAAAGAUAGAUCAUCAAGAGACAGAAAAAAGGAGACAGAAAUUUCCGUGACAGAACCUGAAGAAUUUAACAAUUUAGAAAGUUACAUAAGCCGUGACAAUUCAAAGAAAUUAGAAAAUAGACCUGUUGAGAAAACUGAAUUCAAAAAGCCAGAAAGACCUAAAACAUCAAAUGUUGAUGAUGUGGCGGUGAGGAAACAAGAUGAUGAGGAUAGAAAACAUGUUGAACAGCCUAGAAGAGAGAAAGAUAGAUCAUCAAGAGACAGAAAAAAAGAGAAAGAAAUUUCCAUGCCAGAACCUGAAGUAUUAAGUGACAAAAAAUAUGAAAAACCAAGAAGAUCUUACCAGAGAAAACCUAGUGUCGACUAUGAAGAAGAGGGGAGAAAACCAGAUCAUUCAUCUUUCAAAGAGGACAAGAUAGCCCCAAGGAAGAAAAGAAACGAUGCACCUGCUGAUGAGGUUCCUCUUAAUAAUCCCAAAGCUGGUGAUUUAGAUUUACCUGUAAAAAGAGAAAGGAAACAAAAUAGGAAAUAUGAUUAUGAACAGCCAACUGAAGAGUCAAAACCAGGAAGAAAAGAUGAUUUUGAUGACAAGAAAACUCAUAUAAAACCAUUGCCUUAUGAAGAUACAGUGAAAAAAGCUGAUAAACAGGAGCUUGAACCUUAUCUCUAUGCCAGGGGUAGAAGAAGUGGCCGAAUACCAAAGAGAACAGCAAAAGUUGAAGAGCCAAAAAAAGAAGAGGAUUCAGAUGAGCAGCAAAAUGACCUUGGUGAACUUUUGGCGGAGAAUCCAAUUGAACUUACUAUUGAUGACAACAAUAACAAUGAUAGCAAUGAUGAAGAACAACCUACGCCUGUCAAAAAGAAUAUCUUAAGUAUUUUUAGUUGUGUUGGUGGAAAAAGCUCGGAUGGAUUAAAAAAGAAAUCAAAAUCUCCUUUAAAUAAAAGCAAAGGUUAUUAUGAGGAGGGUGAAAAAAGAAAAAUUAAAAAAUUAAACAAAGAAAAAGAAAAAGAAGAAAAAACAAAAAUGUAUUUUGAAGAACCUGAAGGCCUAGAAAGUGUAUUACCCUCAAGCGAACUUUCAGAAACACCAGAUGCUGAGUCAGCCAAGGAGGAAAUACCAGAACUACCAUUUGUUCCACUUACAGAAUUAAGUCAUGAGCCUCGACAGAGUGGGAGGAGAUAUCAGAAAAAGGUGAAACCUUUUGAAGUUCACAAGCCACUCUCAUUUGUUGAUCCAGUACUGAUGGCUGAUGCAUUUGUUGAUGAAGACUCUGAUGAAGAUAAUUCUCUUCCUCCUUUAGGGACUUUUAAAAGAUGGAAUGAGGAUAAUGUUCAAGAACCAAAAUUGUCAAGUUUUAUGUCUGCUAAAAGAGAUGAAAACAAAUUCAACAGUUUUCAGAGGUUUGGAUUUGGGAGGAGAAAUAUCAUGCCACACAGUGAAGCAAAAGGUGAUGUUAGUAGCACUGUUGUGCCAGCAAUGGAUAGGGAUAAAGAAGAAGCAGUGCCUAAAGAUAUUGGUGAAAAUGAUGUAGAGGACUCCUUUGAUUUCUCUUUCAUGUCAUCUGAUCCAGAAGCUGAUAUUACUGCUACAGAGACUGAACCUAUAAAAUUAAAAGGUGGUUCUUCUGAUCCAAGCAAGUACAUGAAAAAUAAAAAUAAAGUAGAAAUAGUGGAUGUUAUUCCUGAUCAUGUAUUUGAGAAAAAUGAAAACAUAUCUCCUGCUGAAAUGGAUUCUUUUCCACCCUCUAUUGAACGCCCUGCAUCAAAAAUUGUUGAGACUGAUUCUUUUAAAGUGAAUGGAAUUGACAGUACUAAUGAAAUAACAAUAAAUAUUGAGGCUCCUACUCCUGAGUCAACUUUAACAGGAGAUAUCUCCUAUAAUGCAGUUAAUUAUCAUUCUCACCAACCUUAUACUAAUGAUUUUGACUCUAGCUAUGAGCAUCAUGACGCUGAUGUGCUCAACACUUCAGCACCAGCUUACAUGUAUGCUGACAGGCAUGACAGUGACUCAGAGAAAAACUUGUUUGCUCCUUCUCAUGUGUUUGAUUCAUCAUUUGACUCGCCUGAUAUGUUGUAUCGUCGUAAACACAGAACUGUUUCAUUUGAUGAAAGGAUUACUGGCAGUCAUUCAUAUCAUGAUGCUGCAUCAAGACCUCCUGAUACCUUAUCUUUAAUAUCUGAACCCGUAACUUCACGACCUAGGUCCAGCUCAGCCACCUCGAAUCCUUUGACAUAUGAACCAUGGCGUGUUAAAGCGUAUAAUAAGAAUAGAUGUUCUCUGUCUGUUAGUGAUAUGUUGUAUGGUAAAGGAAGUUCACGCCCUCAUAAGUGCCAUUCCAUUGGAGAAAUAUACAAUAGCACUGUUGCUAGUAGUGUAGCUCGCCGAAGAGCUAAAACUCUUGUAUCUGGAGACAUAGUCUCCCGUAUGUAUCAGCCAAGGCAACGUAGUCGGUCUCGUGCCUUGCUAGGGGAUGCCUCGUUUGGUUCUGUUGCCCCCAUCAGGCAGCGAUCCUUCUCCGGCUUUGACCAUGCCAACUCAUCAGGCUCUGGCGAACCAACUGGUAUCAAAAGGUCAGAAUCUGAAAGACAGCCUAGUAAAAAACCACAACUGGUAGUUCAGGAUGACCGUAAAAAUGUUGAAAGGUCUAAAUCUGACAGACGGCAACAAAAAACUCUAGGUGAUGCUAAACCUGCUUCUCCAUCCAAAUCUGAUACUCUGCGAUCAACAGACAGUGCAAGUGGUGGGGAGACGUUAGAAGAAAGGAGCAGCAAAGAGGGAUCACCUACCAAGGAGCAUCCAUCUCCAACUAAGGAGAAAAAGAAAAAGAAGAAAUUCCGCAUCCCAUCUUUUUCCAAGAAAAAAAGCAAAGAACAUAAAGAGAGUGCAAUGUAGAGCUUCUACUUGGUGUAGUCUACUUUAUUAAAUUGAGCUGUGCUGGCCAUAAUCAUCUGGAUUUCUCUUUCUUGUUUUUACACUACUUUGGAUGCAUAGCUUGCCUUAUUUUUACUCAGCAGAUGGUUAAUAUCAGUACAAACCAAAUAUAUGGAAUUAGCAGAAACAUUCAUAAACCUGUCAUGUACUGUAAAACAUGGAAUGGUUAUCUAUUUGUAAGUUUUGUUACAAACAUAAUUUUACUUGUAUUUUGUACCUUGUAUUUCUGUUGAUGCUAGUUCAAAAAAUAAAAUAAAAACAUAUUUAAAUGACAUAGUAAGCUUUUUAUUUCCACUUAACAUCCUAGCUUAAUUUAGCAUUUGAGGGAUUUGUGUGAUAAAAAAGAUGGCUGUUGAUAUGUGAAUUGCCCCAUAUGUAUGUAAUGUUUAUUUGUUUAAUAGGAAUUUUUUUAAUUCAAUAAGUAUGCAAACAAAAGGAUAAAAUAAAGUAUGAUUGACAUGUUCAUUAUUCUGAGGGCAGAAAAGGGUAACUAAUGCUUAUUUGAAUUUAGUUGUUUGGCAUAUUUGUAGUAAUUAGAUUUGCUUAUCUUACAAGCUUGUAAAACAUCAGUUUUAAACAGUAGUAUUCUAUUUUCAUAGCAUUUUGUUAUAAAGUUUAUCCAUCUAACUGUAAAUAUACGCAAUGUCUAUAUUUAAUUAGAAAAGAAUAACACUAUCUUUUUAUAUUUAAGUAAGUUUAUCACAACUCUAAAUUUAGUAAAUACAUGUUAUUAAAGGUCAAUACUUUUUAUCUUUGAAUAUAUUUAUUAAUCAACAGAAUUUUUAAAUGUUUUUUAAUGUUUGCAUUUAAAUAAAAUAAAAAAAUCACUAAUCACACAUUUAACUAAAAGAAAUGCAAUUGUUCUGUCAGAAAAUCUUGCACUAUUUGUUCACUGAGGUUACUGCUCUUUUUUUAGUGUAGGCACAGUGAUAAUAAUUAUUGUGUGAUUAUUUUUAAAAUUUGAUUUUUGUGCUUUACUUAAAACAUUUGUAAAAGACAUAUUUUUACCCAAAAAUCAAUAUGGUAUGACCAAUUAAUUAUACUAUUUGCUCAUUUGUUUCAUAUAGGAUGUUGGCUUAAAUUUGCUGUUUGCUAAUAGCUAUAAUUAUAUUAGGUACAUAAGCAAAAAAGGAUCAAUUGUAUAUUUCAAAAUUAACUAAAGUUUUUGUACAAGUUACAUUCUUAAUGAAUCAUGGUGUGUAUGUAUGUAAUGAAUUAACUACAUUUGAAUAAUUUUUUGCUACAACUCAGAAUUUUGUUGGAUAUGUGACAGGCUGUAAUUUACACAUUUUAUACCCAAUAAGCAGUUGGGAAUUUAAUAUUCUAUUUUUUGUGGGGGCAUUUGUGUAAAGUUUGGAAGUAUACAAACCGAACUUUAGUAUGUGAAAGCCUCCAAACAUUGCUUUUUUUUUAGUCAGAAGCUUUUCAUUGAUUUUUUAAGCUUAAGAGUUGGAUUAUUAGCCUAAAAAUGGAAUGUACAUAGUAUUCAAUUUUCCCUGUAUAGAUCUGUAUUUAUGUAUUGCUAGAAUUCAUUUUUGGUGCUGUUUAAAUUUUCUAAGAUGAAAAAUUAUGGUUGUAUUUUUUUCUAGAGCUUCUCCCACUUUUUAAAAACCUCGGCAUGUAUGUGUAUUAGCAUUGAAAUUACUUUUUUAAUGGAAUUGUUAUAUUUUGCGUUAAGUCCUGUACAAUAUGAAUCUGUCAUUUUUCUGAUAUUUUUUUUUAUUCAAGUCCAGUUUGUUUUCUAUGAUAAAACAUAUAGUACUACAAUAACAUAAGUACAAUAUAUGAAAAGUGGUAAAUGGGUAUAGUUAUACUUAACCCAUCACAUAUAUUAUUCAAUUUAUAUCCGUAUUAAUAUUUAAUAUAUCGACUUAGCAACAUGUAAUAUUUAGACAGAAAUUUCUUUAAGGGAAUUGCAAUUAAUCAUGGCAAUAAUUUGGAUUCCAGUUUAGAUCCAGUAACAUUUUUUCUACAGUAGGCAAUAUUUUUUUGAACAGUUUCUGUUUGAAUUGUUAUAAAAAAAUAUUUUAAGUUUUGCUAUUUUUUAAUUUUAUUUUAUGAGCACAUACUAAACCUUAUUUAUAUAACACGAUUCUUCAAUCACCUGUUAUAGAUUCAUAAAUCACAUGCUUUAAAUGUAAACUGCUUUUUAUGUCAAGCAUUCUGUUUUGGCAAAUCUACUUGAAGUCAAUUAGUGUAACUUUAGAGAUAAAACAUUGGGUUUGUGUGGUCCAUUUUUCUGUCUGCUAAACAUUGUAAUAAACAAGAAGAAUUUACA